UGUACAAUGAAACCGAAACUUUUAGCGUGAUAGCGGGCACGGUAAACUUAUAUUAAAUGCUUCAAUAUAAAAACUUUACCCGAGAUGCAGAUGUUGUAAUGCAUCCAGAAUUUGAUAUGGGGGAACCGUGGGGUAAUGAUAUCGCUGUAAUUAUUUUGAGAACCCCGUUAAAAUUCAACUCAAAGGUUGAUAAAGUGGAAAUGGUUGAUGAAGAUUAUAUUCCAAUGCCAGGCGAUCAUGUUACUAUGUUGGGAUAUACGGAAUCAAAACAUCCCAAACGAAUAUUCAAGGAAAAUAAACCAUUUUUGCGCCGCAUUAAUUCAACCAUUGGAGAUUUGGAAGAAUGUCAAAAUCUAUAUCGUCAAGAAUAUGGAUAUUCUAUAGUCGAUGAUCGACGACAUUCUUGUGAACUUCGUGGAAGUAGCAUUGAACUAGUUUAUGAAAUUAACGACCAUAAAUAUGUGGCUUUGAUAAUAUAUAAGAAAAAUAGUACCAGUUUCACGACUUAUACAUGUGGUGCCACUAUAAUAUCAAAUUAUAAAAUAAUAACUGCCGCAAACUGUGUGGUCAACAGAGGUGCCAUCACAUUGGCGGUCGCUUCCGUCAAUAGUGAUGAACCAUUUUAUAAAAUUGAUGUCAGCGAUGAAGAAAUCAUCGUUCAUCCAAAAUAUUCUGAAUGCAGUAAAGGUGUUUGGCAAAAUGACAUAGGCAAGGCAAAAUAA